AUGGAGCUUGAGCUGGCAGUGAGCCGCCUCGAACUGAACGCCUGCAAGGACCGCGCGCCGAUCGCCCCCGGCCUCCUUCGAGCGCUCGCAACCGGCGUGCACGGCGCCCGCCCGGUGCAGCUGCACGCCUCGCUCGAGGCGCUGAGCCGCCUGGCGUCAUGGGGGCUCGAGGAGAGGAAGCUGCAGAUCGCGCGGGAAGAUGCGGUGAUGCGGCCUGUCGUCUGCCUGAUGGGCAGCGCGAACCCCGAGACCGCCUGGCGCGCAGCCGCGGUAAUUAACCAAAUCGCCCGCAGCACCGUAGGCGUGACGCGGCCCGCGGCGGAGGCGCUCGCGGCGCGCGCACAUGACCUGCUGCCGCUCCUUACCGCCGGCAUGCUGCGCGGCAGCGCGGCCGGGCGGGCGGCGCCGCCGCUGCCACAGCCGCCGCCGCCCGCCCGCCGCGGGGAUGCCGGCCGCCGCAGCGAUGCCCAGGCAGCGCCGUCGGCGGAGGCAAAGCUUGCCGCCGAGUGCUUAGGCAUAGCCUGGGCCUUUGCAUGGUGUGACUCGCCCACCCUAGACCGCCUCCUGGUGUCCCAGCCGACGCUCAUCGCCGCCGCCACGCGCCUGCUGGGCUGCACAGACGCGCGCACUUCAUGGACCGCGGCCAUGUUGCUCGGGCGGCUCUGUUUGGAGUCUGCACCUGUGGUGUUCGCCUCCGCCGCCUCCGCCGGCCUGCCGGCCGCGGCGGCGCAGCUGCUGGGCAGCGCCUGCGCAGGCGACGUGGGUGAGGUGCUGGCGGCGGCGGCGGCAGCGCCCGAGCCCGAGGCCACUGAUGAGUGUGCCGGGGUCAUGUGGGGAGUGCACCUGAUCGAUUUUCUCGUCGAAGGCGACGAGCGUGGCGAGGCGGCGCGCCGCCUGGGGGACGAGGCGCCGGCGCUCGCGCCGCUCCUGGCGCACAUCUUGGUCGCCGCCGCGCGGCGCUUGGCGCUUGUGGAUUCAGUUUCCCUCGUGGAGGAGGGGCGGGGCGGCAAAGCCGUCGCAGCCGGCGGCGCCGCUGACGGAGCCGGCGACGCGGCGGCGGGCCCGCCGGCCGCUCUCACCCGCCGGCUGGCACGCCGCAGGCAGCGCCGCGACAAAGGGCUCGGGGCCGACCAACGCGGCGGCAGCGGCGGCGCCGCGGCACCCGGCUCGCCUGCGAGCGAGCCGACGAGCCAGGAGCUCCUCCGCGGCGGCGAGGGCAGGGGCGAGUGCGAGGGCAGCGGCCGCGGCAAGGGUGGGGGCAGGGGCGCGGAGGAGGGACCCACCGCGCUCAGUCUAGUGAUACCAAGCGCGGCCAAGGCGCUGGACGCUCUCCUUGAAAGCAGCCCCGCCGCCGCGGCCGCCCUGCUGGCGCGCCCAGACCUUGUGUCCGAGGUUGGGCGGCUGCGCCUCGGUCACGCGCUGUGCCUUGGGCGCCUCUGUGAGGCACUCCUCGGCAGGGGCAGCGGCGCCGCCGGUGACGGCGGCGGCGACGGCGGCAGCGAGGGCGACGGGGUCACGGCCGCGGGCGAGCACGCGCGCCAGCUGGAGGCCCUCACAACGGCGACCGCGAUCUGCCUCCGCUCGAGGUUCCUUGAUGCGCCUCGCGAUCUGAACGACGAUCUGACGUCUGAUCGGCAGGCGGCCAAUGCAGAGGGUCACGAGCGCGCCGCGCCGGCCGAUGGCAGGGGGAUGCUUAUGGACGACGCGGCGCGCGCGCUGCGCCUCCUGCUGCCCGCCGCGGCGGGCGGCGCCUGCAGCGCUGAGGCAGCCGCGGAGCUCGUCAAUGCGGGCACAGCUGUGCUGGCCGGGACCUUUGCGGCUACGGCAUACACACUGGCCUGUUGCGACGAACCCUCGCUGAGAGGCGUGGACAGCGGCGGCGCACGCGACGUCCGCGGCGAGCGCGGCGCCGUUGGCGACGAGCGCAAGGGCUGUGGUGGCGUCGGCCCUGCGGGGCUGCUGCACAACACCGCCGACGCCGCAGCUUCGGCCGGCGAGGAGCGGUCCGCGGACGGGCCGGCGCCGGGCGCCGCGACACUGCAGGCAGCGCUCAGGUGCGCCAGGGUAGUGCUUGCCCGGGAGGAUGCCAUGCACUCGCUCUGGGGCAAUCCAGCCGCCGGGGACGCGCGGCCCGGCUGCGACGUCGGCGCAGCGGCGACCGCGCAGGGAGACGGUGCAGUGCAACCGCAGCAGCAGCAGCAGCAGCAGCAGCAGCAGCAGCAGCAGCAGCAGCAGCAGCAGCAGCAGCAGCAGCAGCAGCAGCAGCCGCCGCUGCCAGAGAAGCGGCGCCCAUCAUCGGCCCACGCUGGGACCAUCGAUGAUAGGGCUCCAAUGCGAGAUCAGGGGCCAAGCCGGCCCAAGCAUGAGCCUCAUGCGCCCGCGGAGCAGCAGGACAAGCCGAAGGCGGCGGCGGCGGCAGGGGACGACGCCUGCGGGCAAGCUGCCACGUCUCUGCUUCCCUGCGACCACGGGAUGGGCCGUAGCGAACCGCUGGAGCCCGCGGCAACCCUCGAGCAGCGGCUCGCGCGCUACCAAGCUGCCCGGCGGCGGCCGCGCGAGGUGGAGCGGCCGUCAGAGCUGCAGCUCUGGGCGGAGCGGAUGCAGUCUGCAAAGCUUGAGGCUGAGGCGGAGGGGGGCGGGGCGGAGGGGGCGGACUGGUGGCCGGCCCUGUCCAAGGUUGUCGAGCUGCCAGCGCCGCGCGGCGUUUGGUCGCGAGGCUCGGCCACAUGUAAGCAUCCUUAG